AAUGGCGCCCUUCCUGAAAGGGAAAAUCGUACGGGAGUCUCUAGUGAUUUUGCUGAUGUUAAGCGUGUGUGUGGUUGUAAAAUCAUACACAACAGUUAUAAUGACUAAUGACUUAAACAGUCAGUGCGGUGAGGCCAUAAGUGACGUCAGUAGCGGAGUAAUCAAGUCGUAUAGGGAGCCAAACUAUGCGACGAAUUGGCACUGUGACGUCACGAUCGCUGUCCAAACGGACCAGGUGGUGCUUUUACGGUUUGAAACUUUCAAUGCAUAUUCAAAAUAUGACGAUUGCAGAGACAAUAAUUUGAAAGUGUACGAUGGAAGCAAUGUAUAUAGUCAACUUCUCACCCCCAAUAGUGGUUUGUGUACAGGCGUUUAUAGUACGUCAUCUGACGUUCCAAAAUAUAUCUUAUCAACGGGCAGUUCAAUUACACUGUAUCUCAUACGUGAGAAUACAUUGCAUACGGAGUUCAAUAUUAUAGUUUCCGCUGUUAUGAAAAUUGAAGGUAGCUUUUGUUUCAAUUGUUGGGACAAUUCAAGCUGCCUAGACCCUGAAGUGAAAUGCGACUCCAUCAGGAAUUGUGCAGAUGGGUCAGACGAAUCUACAGAGCUAGAGGGUGGAUGUUUUGAUGGAAAUAAAAUUGCUGCUGAUGUCACCAAUCCUCGUCCAUUCAUCGCUGCCGCCUUAGUGGUAAUCGUUAUCGCACUUAUUAUUAUAAUCAUAGCCGUGUUUGUCUGCCGUUGCCGUCGUCAACAAAACCACCAUCCAUCUGCUCGAAAGCGCGCAACUGACAAUGCUUCCUCCAAAGAAUGUUCAGCACACCAAGAAUACCCACCCAAGCAGGCUGUUCAUUCAGUUAACUACCAACUUGCCCAGCCUAGCUACCAACCUUGCCAGGACCGCUACUCGUCUCGGUUUGAUAGUUACGAUGAGGAUCAGCCUUACUAUUAUAAUGAUAGUUACCCACCCCACCAGGACAGGUAUCCAUCCCCUCCGCCAAAAUAUCCACCACAAGGAGGCGACCCGUCACCUCCUCCAGUUUAUGCUCCGAGCCAGGGUGUAGCUUACUACCCACAGAAAGAUCACGUUCUACUAGUUGGAUCAAUAAGAGUUUAA